AUGGUUUCUCUAAGAUUUAUUUUAUGUUUUCUCUUAGUAAGUAGUGCUUAUGCCACAAUAGUUUCUCAUGAUGGCCGAGCCAUCACCAUCGAUGGUCAUCGCCGAGUCCUUCUUUCUGGUUCGAUCCAUUACCCUAGAAGCACACCUGAGAUGUGGCCGGAUCUUAUCAAAAAGGGUAAAGAAGGAGGUCUUGAUGCGAUCGAAACUUAUGUUUUCUGGAAUGCGCAUGAGCCUACUCGCCGUCAAUAUGAUUUUUCUGGAAAGUUAGAUCUUAUUCGGUUCCUGAAAACCAUUCAAGAUGAAGGAUUGUAUGGUGUUCUUCGCAUAGGACCAUAUGCAUGUGCCGAGUGGAAUUACGGAGGAUUCCCCGUGUGGCUGCACAAUAUGCCUGGAAUGGUGUUUAGAACUACAAACAAAGCAUUUAUGGAUGAAAUGCAAAACUUCACAACGAUGAUAGUAGACAUGGUCAAGAAAGAAAAUUUAUUUGCAUCACAAGGAGGCCCAAUUAUUCUUGCUCAGAUUGAAAAUGAAUAUGGAAAUGUAAUGGGACCAUAUGGGGAAUCGGGUAAAGCAUACAUUAAGUGGUGCGCAAACAUGGCUCAGUCUCUUGAUGUUGGUGUUCCAUGGAUAAUGUGUCAACAAAAUGACGCUCCUCAGCCUAUGUUGAAUACAUGUAAUGGCUUUUACUGUGACAAUUUUGUACCAAACAAUCCCAACACUCCUAAGAUGUGGACUGAGAAUUGGACUGGAUGGUUUAAGCAAUGGGGCGGUAAAAAUCCCCAUAGAACAACUGAAGAUGUUGCAUUUUCUGUUGCAAAAUUCUUCCAAAGAGGAGGAACAUUUAAUAAUUAUUAUAUGUACCAUGGAGGCACCAACUUUGAUAGAACUGCAGGUGGUCCAUACAUCACAACUUCAUAUGAUUAUGAUGCUCCCCUGGACGAAUAUGGUAAUUUGAAUCAACCAAAAUACGGGCAUCUAAAAAAACUUCAUGAUGUUCUUCAUUCUAUGGAGAAAACUCUUACAUACGGAAACAUAUCCACCAUUAACUUUGGAAACUCGGCAUCGGCAACCAUUUAUAAAAUCGAAGAAGGAUCAAGCUGUUUUUUUCUAAACGGAAAUGAAACUUCAGAUGCAACAAUUAGUUUCCAAGGAGGAUCUUAUGUUGUACCGGCUUGGUCUGUUACCAUUUUACCAGAUUGCAAAAAUGAGGCUUAUAACACCGCCAAGAUUACCACUCAAACAUCAAUGAUGGUUAAGAAACCAAAUGAAGCUGAGGAUAGCCCGUCAAGUUUGAAAUGGUCAUGGAGACCAGAGAACAUGGACAACUUCCUUUUGAAAGGAAAAGGACAAUCUACAACGAGACAACUUUUGGAUCAGAAAGUAGUAAGCAAUGACCAAAGUGAUUAUCUAUGGUACAUGACUACUGUUAAGUUUAAAAAACGAGAUCCAUUUUUGGGUAAAGGCAUGUCUCUUCGCAUCAACAGUACUGCUCAUGUCCUUCACGUUUUUGUCAAUGGAAAGCAUAUUGGUAAGAAACUCAUAUAUGUUUUUCAAAUCUCAAUAAUACUAACUUACCAAAAACUCAUUGAUUUAGGUAAUCAACAUGUUGAGAAUGGAAAAUUUCACUAUGUAUUUGAGAAAGAUGUGAAGUUUAAGUCUGGUCAUAAUGUUAUUUCUCUUCUUAGCAUAACUGUGGGACUUGCGAACUAUGGUGCUUUCUUUGAAAGUAAGCCAGCUGGAAUAACUGGACCCAUUUUUAUCAUCGGUAAAAAUGGUGAUGAAACUAUUACUAAAGACUUGUCUGCUCAUAAAUGGAGUUAUAAAACCGGUUUAAAUGGGUUUGAGAACCAACUCUUUAAAACAGAAUCAGUGUCUAAAUGGUCAGUGGAAAGGCUACCAUUUAACCGAACCAUGACUUGGUAUAAGACUACGUUCAAGGCUCCUUUGGGAAAUGAUCCAGUUGUUGUCGAUCUUUUGGGACUUGGAAAAGGUACAGCAUGGGUCAAUGGAAACAACAUUGGACGUUAUUGGCCCACAUUCAUUUCAAGCGAAAAUGGUUGUUCUGCGAAAUGUGAUUAUAGAGGGGCUUAUCAUGCUGAAAAGUGUCUAACCAAUUGUGGAGAACCUACACAAAGAUGGUACCAUAUUCCUCGUUCUUUCUUGAACACAAGUGGAAAUAACACUCUAGUUUUGUUUGAGGAAAUGGGAGGAAACCCAUCACUUGUGAAUUUCCAAACUACUAGAGUGGGAAGUGUAUGUGCUAAUGUCUAUGAGAAAAACAUUAUUGAGCUUUCAUGUGACAGAAAAUCCAUUUCUGCCAUCAAAUUUGCCUCUUUUGGUAACCCAGAUGGCAAUUGUGGAUCUUUCGAAAAAGGAACUUGUGCAUCAAGUAACAACAUUGUUGAUAUUCUCACACAAGAAUGUGUGGGAAAAGAGAAGUGCUCCUUUAAUGUUUCUACGGAAAAGUUUGGAGCACCUGAUUGCAAUGGUGCUGCUAGGAGGCUCGCUGUCGAAGCUAUCUGCUAA